AUGCCUGCUCCGACACAUUUUAGCAUUAAAAAUGCUUGGUAUGCUAGCCUACGCUACCCAGUGAUCAAUCCCACCAACCGCAAAUGCUCCACGGUCCCUAUUUUCUCGCUGAACAAUCAGUACUCUAAAAAUUUCCACCUGUCGUGGCUUGGAUUCUUUGUCGCUUUUUUGUCGUGGUUUGCGUUCUCCCCUCUCAUUCCAGAUGUCAUCAAGACUGAUUUGAAGUUGACAUCUGAGCAAGUCGGGAAUUCAAAUAUUGUUUCGCUGUGCGCCACUCUCAUUGUACGCCUUAUAUCAGGCCCGCUCGUCGAUCGAUAUGGGCCUCGCAAAGUGAUGGCGGGUCUCCUCAUUAUUGGGGCGAUUCCUUCUGGUCUUGCUGGAACCGUAUCAACUGCAAGUGGUCUUUACAUUGUCCGUUUCUUCAUUGGAAUUCUCGGCGGCACAUUUGUCUCUUGUCAAGCAUGGAUCACUGUUUUCUUUGACAAGAACGUCGUUGGCAGAGCGAAUGCCUUAGGCGGAGGCUGGGGAAAUUCGGGCGGCGGCUUCACAUUCAUCAUCAUGAUCGCUCUCUUCAAUCAAUUGCUUGCUGACGGUAUGAACCCGCACGUGGCCUGGCGGGUGGCAUUUGCAAUUGUUCCUGUCCCCAUUCUCCUUUCUGUUGCUGCUGCCGUUCUAAUUUUUGGCACCGACCACCCCGCGGGCAAAUGGAGUGAUCGAUAUACUGCUGUUGCCACUGCACUUCCUGCAUCAGACAAUGAAACGGGCAUCAUCAAUAGCAAAGAUUCAGAAACAAAGUCUAGUGAUGAUAUCGAGGCUGAAGAAAAUGACAUCAAGGUCACUGUCACGGCUAUAAACUCGGCUUCAGAAUUGGACGCUGCUGUCAACAAACCACUUUCCCUGAACAUGGCGUACGAAAUCAUCUUAAACCCGCUGACCUGGCUGCCCUCGUUAGCUUAUAUGGCAACUUUCGGCUACGAGCUAGCUAUUGAUGCCAACCUGGCUAACGUUCUGUAUACCCUGCUCACAUCUCCCACUUUUGGGCAGACCAAAGCUGGCUAUAUCGCAGGCAUCUACGGUCUCCUUAACGUGGUCUCCCGGCCGCUUGGCGGAUAUUUCGGAGACCUCAUAUAUGUCAAAUUUGGUGUGCCUGGCAAGAAGUACCUGACCAUCGCUUGUGGAGUCGCUCAAGGGCUUCUAUCGCUUGGUCUUGGUCUUUACAUUGAUAACCACUCUCAUCCAUCCCUCACGGUCAUUGUUGUGAUUUUUGUCAUUCUCGCAAUCUUCAACGAGGUCGCCAAUGGAGUCAACUUUUCCCUUGUUCCACAUUGCAACCCCAACUCCAAUGGAUUCAUGAGCGGAAUUGUAGGCGCCAUGGGAAAUCUUGGAGGGAUACUCUUCGCAAUUAUCUUUCGCUUUGAGCCAUCUCCUCCUGGCAAGGCAUUUUGGAUUUCUGGCAUCAUCACGGUUGGCAUAAAUAUUAUUCUCUGUAUCAUCCGUGUACCUCGUGUUUGA